GUCGCCUGAAAGGCCAUCCUCGGGGCAUACUUCCCCAGUGACUCCACAGAGGCCAACUGUGUCCGGUAACAAAAUAAACAGCUAGCGGCUUCUCACACGAAUUAACUGAAGACGUGUGACCGAUUGUUACCUGGACGACGACGACGACGGGUCUCACCUCAUCUAAUCUAACAGACUUCCUUCUCUACUUGCGCCACCUCAACCAUGACUGCUGCCGUGAGAGGCUCUGCCAGCGUGCCUAUCCGAGGUGCAGGCGAUGGCAUGGAAACUGAAAAACCUCCCGCCGUCCUGGAAAUAAUCACAGACACACUGCCACCCGGUCCGCCUGCAGUUCUCCUCCUGAAGGUGGCAAGCCCAAAACACAGCCCCAAAUCUACCUAUCCUGCUCCCCCUGCUGCCCCUCAGCCUCUCGGUGUGCUCCACUUGGGCAAGGUGAGUCGGGAGGCCUGCACAGAGGUGGAAGCUGUCAGGAUCAUCGUCCCACGUGCUGCUAUUAGCCGGAGCAGCCGCACAGGACCUGGUGAAGGGAAAGGGGAGAAUGGGCAACAGGCUGAGGAGCAGGGCUCUCCCCCGCUGCCUCUGGUGGAGGAUUGGAGAGGACAGCUGGAGAAGCUGCAGAACUCUGAACGCAGGCUGCUGCAGGACAAGGAAGGGCUUUCCAAUCAGCUCCGUGUGCAGACGGAGGUGAACCGUGAGCUGAAGAAACUGCUGGUGGCGUCGGUGGGUGAUGACCUUCAGUACCAUUUUGAACGUAUGUCGCGAGAGAAGAACCAACUGAUUCUGGAGAAUGAGGCUCUGGGCCGCAGCCUGGCACACACUGCAGAGCAGCUGGAGCGAAUGAGUAUCCAGUGUGACGUUUGGAGGAGCAAGUUCCUGGCCAGCAGAGUCAUGGCAGAGGAGCUGACAAAUGCCAGAGCAGCUCUGCAGAGACAGACCAGAGAGGCACAAGGAGCAAUUCAGGACCUGCUGUUAGAGAGAGAAGAGUUCUCCAGGGACAUGGUACACACUCACAGAUCUCUGGAGCAGCUCCUGGUGUCCCUGCAGUGGGGCCGACAGCAGACGUACUACCCCAGCGCACAGCCGCUCAGCACAGGAGAACUGGCAGCAGCCAAUCACAAGCUAGCAGACGCCAUCAACUCCCACCUGCUGGGGAACACCACCCCCGGCAGCGGCAGCAGCAGCGUGGUGAAGAGCAGCAGUGCAACAGCUGAGCAGCUCUGCAGCACUCCGGCGGAAAAGAUGGCUGAGAAGGUGCUGAAGAUUUUAGAUCCAAUCUCCUGUUCAGAAAACAAGGCAGACCCUCCGCUCAGUGACUCCACCCCCUCAAACUUUCUCGGCAAUAAGAAGAGCAUCGGCAGGUUUCACCCUUACACCCGCUACGAGAACAUUACUUUUAACUGCUGCGAGCGCUGCAGUGGAGACAUCCUGGUGCUGUAGUGCGGUCACAGAGCGGCAAGAUGUCCUCAGCUGACACCGAUGCAGCAGCCGAGCUCAUUUCAAAUGACUGAGACCUGAACAGGAGUGUCCUCUGGAGGAUAUUACGGUUACGUGACGACUUCUGUCGGCAUCACAAGUUUGCAGCUCCAGAAGACAUACCCUGUUUCAGUCCUUUGCUGCGCAUUUUAGUGCAUUGCACCUCUAUAUAUUGGAUUUACAGAAUUUCAGAUGUUUUUAAAUCUUAUCAGCCUGCUGAUUACUGUACCGUCUUUGACUUGAAAAAGAAAAAUAAGGAAGUGGAUUUGUUUUUUCGGGUGCAUGAUGAGAAAGUGAUGAAAACAGAAUGCAUUUCAGAGCCUGGUUUAAACUAUGGAAAGUGGUAUUUAUUGCUGGGAGGUGAGGUCAAGUUGAGUCAGUGUUACAUGGUGAACAGACACAGCUGUGAGUGUCUGCUUAUUCAAACUUGAACAUUAGGCUAGCGCAUCAAGUAAUAAUAAUAUAAUAAUCCUGUUGUGAAUCAAUGUGCAAACAAAAGAGAAAACAGGCUGUAGUGUGUACGUGUAAGCCCGAUGCUGGACGGGGAAACACCCUCCAGGAAGUUAAACACCUGAUGAGCUAAUAGCACAGGCACACCUGCACAGUACCUGUACAGUAAAAGUGAUGAUGCCUCUCAUACUGCAGGGGUCUCCCCGCUUUCUCAAUAUGAUGGUGCUAUCUUAUCUCUUUUGUAUAAUGCAUGCUGCAAAGGCGAUAUUAUACAGUCAAUAUUUAUAAGUGGUUUGACUGUACAACAAACCCCACGUCCACUUAUCUGUAAAGAGUUUGACUUUUUGCAGCGGUACAAAGAAAAAAAGACAUUUCCAAAACAUUUUCCCAAAAGAUCUGGAAUUAUCAUGUUGGUUUUAAUUGAAUUAUGUCAUAAUAACUUUGGUUGAUGUGUAUGUAAUCAUGAUUUUAAAAAAAAAGAUUGUUUUUUGCCUCGGAAUACACUAUUAUGAAAUGACGAGUAAUAUAUUUCACAUGCCUUUUUGCAAUUUUCUAAAACCAAGCUGUAUAUUUUGGACACUUUCAUCUGCAUGGAAAAGUUUGCAUUAAUGUUGAUGGUAUGAUUUACAGUGAAUGCCUCCAUAAGAAUUAUUUUGUUCUCAUGUCAGACCAAAAUAAAGACCA